AUGCCCAACCAACAACGUGACAUUCAAACCAUCGACGCCGCCAGCUUCCCGUAUAUAUUCGAGCAGAACGUGUCUAUACCUUUAGGAAAUGGCGGGGUAGUUCGCUGCAAUGUCUAUAAGCCCAAGACAGCCUCGAUGGAAAAUAAGUUCCCAGUCCUCAUGACAUACGGACCAUAUGGCAAAGAUGUUCCCUAUAAGCGAUUCAAUCCGAAAAGUUUCUCGGAGGUCGACUCAGCACAUCAAACAGAGCAUUCUGCAUGGGAGACUCCGACGCCUGUCUUUUGGACAAAUCACGGAUAUGUUGUCGUGCGAGCCGAUGAAAUCGGCACCGGACAAUCUCCGGGAGUCUUGGACGUCAAAUCUGCGACUUCAAUUGAUGGCUUCUGCGAUGUCAUUGAAUGGGCUGCUCAGCAACCUUGGUCAACUGGAAAAGUAGGCCUUCUUGGUGUGAGCUAUUACGCUGCCACGCAAUGGCAGGUCGCCGCUCGGCAGCCCAGCGGCUUAGCGGCUAUUGUUCCUUGGGAAGGAUUCUCCGAUGCUUAUAGUGAAUCCUUGCGACAUGGCGGCAUCCUAUCGAACAAAUUCUUCGACAUGUGGUAUGCCCGUCAGGUCGCACCGAACCAAUAUGGGCUCCCUGGACGCGCCGCACGUAACUGGGGCCCCGAUACCAUUGAAGGUGAUCUCACAGCCGACGAGCUCAAUGCAAAUCGACACCGAGCUGCUUUGAAUGAACAGCGAUACCGUGAUGAUGAACAACUUGCGGCUCUCAACUUCAACCUGGAAGAUAUCACCGUCCCCAUUCUCAGCGUGGCCAAUCUUGGUGGCAGCUUACUGCAUCUACGAGGAAAUGUGAACGGGUACCUAUGGGCUGGAUCGGAGUUCAAAUACCUUCGGUUUAUCGUUGGAAGGCACGACCUCCCCUUCUACUACCCUGAGGAAGUAGAAGUCCAGAGGAGCUUCCUUGAUGCUUGGCUAAGAGAUGAAGACCGGGAUGGAUGGACAACCAAAGGAGCACUUCCUCCAGUAGAUCUCAUUCUUCGCAAAGGAAAUGUUGGAUACAACAACCCAGCUGCAGAAAGAACCUUUGCUCGGCGAAAGGAAAGUGAAUGGCCGUUGGCCAGGACAAACUAUACGCCCUUUUACCUGACAGCAGACCGAGGGCUCCAACCUGUCCUACCGGACCAGCCACUGCCGAGGAAGCUCAGUUAUAGAGCCCUAGGCGAAGAUCGACCGUCUGAUACUUUGACUUUCAUGUCAUCACCUUUCGAGUCAGACACGGAGAUUACUGGGCACAUUGUGGCUCAUCUCCAUGUCUCAAUCAGCAGGGACCGAUGGGGAAACUCUCCAUCUGACCUAGACUUGUUUAUCACCAUACGUCAUCUAUCAUCAUCCGGUGAAGAAGUUCUCUAUACGGGCUCUGCUGGAGAGUCUGUCCCUGUGACCAGGGGAUGGCUCCGUGUGUCUCUUCGCAAAACCAAUCCUCAGCAUCCACGCCACCGUUCGUGGCUACCAUAUAGGGAUUAUUAUUUUACAGAUGUUCUUCCUGUAGUCCCCAACGAGGUUUAUCCCGUUGAUGUGGAGAUCUGGCCAACGAAUGUUGUCAUUGAAUCUGGGGAUCGUUUGAUUUUGGAGGUGAGCUCUGGUGACACUGCGGGAACUGGAUUUUGGGGUCACGAUGACCCUAUUGACAGGUCGGAAAAGGUCUUCAAAGGUCAAAACUGCCUUCACUUUGGGCCAGAUUAUGUCAACUACAUUAGUCUACCACUCAUUCCCCCAAACUGA